GGAGAAUGGAAAGUAUUCACUGGCAAUGAAAUGGGUGCGCUGAUGUCCUGGUGGGUUUGGUUUUGUUGGCGAGAGAGGAAUCCGAAAAGCGAUCCAUCGGAUGUAUACAUUGUCACCAGCACUGUAUCCUCAUCAAUAUCGCGCACCAUUGCUGCAAAAGAAGGAUUCAAGACUGUACAGUGCUUGACGGGAUUCAAGUGGCUGGGCAACAAAACCGAUGAGCUUCGUCGUCAGGGCAAAACAGUGCUGCUGGCUUGGGAGGAGUCCAUUGGCUUUAUGUUCGGUCAUUCUCUGGAUAAAGAUGGCGUUACUGCUGCGGCAACAUUCGCCGAAAUUGCUUCAUAUCUUCAGUCGAAGGGAGUGACUCUCAGCGAGCAACUUAUCAAAAUAUAUUGCGAGUGA